AUGAACUUGAGUUUUCUUAGGGAUUACGGACGGAUUUCACUGUCAAUUGCUAUAAUUUACCAGAACCUGAUCCCGCUAGUGCUCCUAGGAACCUGGAAGUAUGAGAAAGAGGUUCAUCAAGCAUUCAUAGCUCUACUACCUUCCAUGGCUGACUCAAUAUCCCCAUAUUUUACAAAAUGAAUCAUUUUGCUUCAGAUUAUAGCUGGGAUGAUGAUUUUGUGUGAUGAGUGAGGGAAAGGAGCCAAGACAUACCUUGUCUCACUCCUUAUGCUUUCUGUUUCUCAGUAUAACCCUCUCGUAACAGGAAUUGGACAGAAAGCUUUAUAUAGAGGCCUAAAACAUCUCUCAAUGUACGGUCUCUGAAUACUAGUGGAUUCGCUAAACUCUAGAAUCACUGUUCAUCGAUUCAGGAAUCAUCUGAGAUAAGUUGAGGUGUGUCAUUUAAAUUCAGAUUUGCACGGAUCUAAUCCUUUUCAAUAUUUUC